UACUCAUUCAGCCGGUUAAGUAACGUUAUAAACUUUUCAGAAGCAUAAUUAUUUUGAUCAAAUGAAAAGUAAAUUUUGAACGCUAAGAGAGAAUGAUAGUUUUAUUUCUAAAAACUUAUAUUUUUCACAAGAGUUACAAAUAUUUAUCAAUAAAACAGAUGGAAAGAUAUAAAACAUGCAUGUGAAUUGAAGAAUACUUCUAGGAUAUACAGUGAUAGAAGAAUAGAAAAAAUAAUAAGAAAGAACAUAAUCCUAAGUCAAUAAGUCUUCAGAAGUUUUUUCUGUGAUUAGUGCGGUACAACGAGCCAACUCGCGUCAUUCAAAUCAGGAACUUCAUCAUCUUGAUUCAGUUUGAGAAGAACACAAGAAAGUUUCUGAAAAGAUGAUGAAUUGUACCUUCAGAACGGUUAAUGUUAGCUCUAUGGAUUCAUCCAGGAAGAACCAAUCACACUUCUACCUGGUGGCUGGCAUAGCGAUAGGUUUCACAAUAGCAUACGUUACAUUGGCACCAAGUGCUGUCUACGAGCACAAUUAUGACUAUUAUGAUCACCCAAAAAACGUUAGAUUUCAUGAAUCAUACCAGAAUGAGGAAAAUAAUCCCGUAAAUCACGGCCACGAAAACGAAUAUGAAGAAUUUCACAGGGAAGGUGAUAUGGAUGAUGUAUUUGGUCCAAAAGAAGAAGUCGGCGCUCACAAUGAUAAUGAUACCUUCCAUAAAAUGACAAACACAGAUCUCGCUGAUGCCCUCUAUAAGGAAGUGAAAAUUUUGUGUUGGGUGAUGACUGGACCAGAGAAUCAUGAGAAGAAAGCAAAACAUGUGAAAGCCACCUGGGGAAAACGCUGUAAUAUUCUAUUAUUCAUGAGCUCCCAAGAAGAUAAAACUUUACCUGCAAUUGCAUUACCUGUGGGGGAAGGCAGGAACAACUUAUGGGCUAAAACAAAAGAAGCAUUCAAAUAUGUAUUCCAAAAUUAUUUCGAUGAAGCUGAUUGGUUUAUGAAAGCAGAUGAUGAUACGUGA